AUGGCAUCAACAUCGACCUCGACUUGCUUGGAGCCCAUGCAGGACUUACGUCGCAAUCCAGCCCGCAGUCCAGCCCACAGCCCAGCCCACAGCCCAGCCAAGGCAGAAGAUGUCGUCGAGGUUCGAAUGCAUCGAAUUGCCAGACUCUACUCCGUAGUCAGCACGGAUCGCAUCCACAUGCCAACGGCGUCAGUGUGUCACCGUCACCAGCCUACCCACCGGGACGCUUCAGUCGCAUUAAACCCCCAUGGUGACAGAACCGGCAGGGGGCCCGUCCAGCGCCGCUCAACACAACAGUUUGACCAAGCCCCCAAAGAUUCUGUUCUCGCAGCGCAUCUGAUGGCAGAUUCGACUUGCUCAAACAUGCCAAAUCUUCGCACCAGCCACAUGCGGCUGUCAGAUAUAUGGACUCUCAUGGCCAAGGCCGGUGUAAUAGUUCCUUGCAAUCAACAUUCGUGA